UUUUACUUAUGUCAAAGAUUGUAAAGAUGUCUUUAUAAUACUUAAGAUAUUCAAAAUGCUGAGAUGAAAAUGUUUGUAUAUCGAUCGUUAAGAGCAGUUUUACACGAAAAGAUAUUUAUCUUUUUGUUUCUUACAUGUAUAUAUUUUUUCAUCCAGGAUCCGUCGAUGAAGGUCAUCAAAAAGCACAUGUAUCGGAGAAUUGAAGUUUUAAAGAAAAUACUUGAUGACGAAAAUAAAAAUGUUUCCAUGAUCCAAAUUGAACAAGAGAGAACACAUAGAAAUGAAAUUGAAUAUAUAUCCAGGAUUCCCGAUCCAAACGGGCGAACAUAUAGAAAUGGGAUUCAAUAUACAUCCAAAAUUUCCGAUCCAAAAGGAAGAACACAUAGUAAUGGAAUUCAAUAUACACCGAAUAUUCCUGACCCAAAAGAGAUGACAUCGAGGAUACCCGACCCAAAAGGGCGGAGAACAUAUAGAAAUGGAAUUAAGUAUACAUCGUUAGCUAUGUACCCAUUAACAGUAACGAGUAAAUAUGUCAUUUACAAUGAAAAUAUAUGUAGUGACGUAACGCUGGUCACCGUUCUUGUCAUGGUCCAUUCCGCUGUUAAACAUUAUGCCAGACGACACAACAUCCGGUCAACUUACGGAUCACGUAAUCUUUUCAAACCUGCGGUAAUUCGGGUGAUAUUUCUACUCGGACUACCAGCAAAACACAAUAAUCUUGAUCAGUACCAUAUUAAAAAGGAAGCCGAAUUAUACCGAGAUAUCGUUCAGGGCGAUUUUGUGGAUACGUAUCACAAUUUAACGAACAAAGCCGUAAUGGGUCUGCGUUGGGUCAGUGAAAAUUGUCGAAACGCUAAAUUUGUGGUAAAAGUUGAUGAUGACGCAGUGUUCGACAUGUGGAAAUUUAUAAACAAAUUUCCUGAAACAGGAAACGGCAAAACGAUGUGGUGUAAUAUUAUGCCCAAAGCUAUUGUACAUAGAUAUGGUAAAUGGGCAGUUCCCGUGAGUGAGUUCCAAGGAUAUCAAACGUAUCCCUGGCCCUACUGUGGUGGGUUUGUUGUGAUUAUGAACGGAGAACUUGUUCCUGCGCUGUUUAAUGCAGCACGGACGUCGCCAUUCUUCUGGAUAGAUGACGUCUACGUAUAUGGAAUAUUGCGAUCAAAGGUCCAGGGAUCUUUAAUUAAAAAUAUGCCCGUUCAUUUUAAUCUGUAUGUGUUUCAGAGAGAAGGGAGGAAGUGCUUAGCAUCCAAGAAAUGUGGCCUUUUAGCUACUGCUGGUACCGAAGAAGAUUUUCGUUAUAUGUGGGGUUUGUUAAAAUCGAGUAAUCUUCGUCGUUAGAUGAAUAUUUUAAUGUCCGUUCAUUGUCCCCCGCCUUUCGAAGAAAGCAGGGGACUAUUAAAAUGGGUCCGUCUGUCUGUCCGUCCGUCCGUCCGUCCGUCCGUCUGUCUGUCCGUCACACUUUUUGGGACACAAUAACUCUCUUCCUAAUUGAGCUAGAAUGUUCAAACUUGGUGUAUGUGUUUAUUAGGUCAAUGCCUUGAUGGAGUUCGAAGAUGAGCAUUUUCCGCUUAGGGUAAGCAGAGAUAAGCAAUUUGAUUGGUUGAUGCUUUGGGACACGAUAACUCUCUUCCUAAUUGGGCUAGAAUGUUCAAACUUGGCGUAUGUGUUGAUUAGGUCAAUGCCUUGAUGGAGUUCGAAGAUGAGCAUUUUCCGCUUAGGGUAAGCAGAGAUAAGCAAUUUGAUUGGUUGAUGCUUUGGGACACGAUAACUUUUAAUUGAGCUAGAAUGUUCAAACUUGGUGUAUGUGUUUAUUAGGUCAAUGCCUUGAUGGAGUUCGAAGAUGAGCAUUUUCCGCUUAGGGUAAGCAGAGAUAAGCAAUUUGAUUGGUUGAUACUUUGGGGCACGAUAACUCUCUUCCUAAUUGAGCUAGAAUGUUCAAACUUGGUGUAUGUGUUGAUUAGGUCAAUGCCUUGAUGGAGUUCGAAGAUGAGCAUUUUCCGCUUAGGGUAAGCAGAGAUAAGCAAUUUGAUUGGUUGAUGCUUUGGGACACGAUAACUUUAGUUCUAAUUAAGUGAGAUUGAUGAAACUUGGUACAUUCCAAUAAAAUCGUAUUCAAUAUUUAAUUUUAACAAACCUUUUUACAUAUCACAGAAAUGUAAAAUAAUAUUCGGGGAAAUUUGACCGUUGAUAUCUAGGAAAUACCUGUUAGCAGACACAGCAUGUACAAAUUGUAGCCUGGGAGUGGGAGCAGUUUAUUAAUAGAUACAUUUGGUACCGUAGUUGUGUAACCAAGGUAGCCUAUUCUAUAAAUAGCGAUAGAAUGAGUGACAAAUAGAAUGCCGAUAAACCAUGAAACAAAAUAUUCUAUGUCAUAGUAUUUGGUUUUGUGCAUAAACAGCUUUAUACCGAAGACAACAUAUUAAAAAUAGUAAGUCUACUAAGUGAUGACGUCGAGUGAAUAAUAAAAUAAAUUAAGCGUCACAAAUAGAGCGCGUGCUUUCGCCGUAAAACGGUGUCGUCUGCUAGAAAGACAAAACGUGAUUUAUCAUCACCCAGUUGUGCAAACGAAACGUCUUUAUACAAACUUUUCCUUUUUAUAAGCUCGUUUAUAUAGUUUAUGCUUUAGUUCUUGAAGAAGCUUUCCAAUGUAUUACCCCUGUAAUUCCUCCUCUUUUAUCUGUACAAUAUUUUCGAAAAAAAUGAAACGAAAUCCACUUAUGUAUACAUUUAGGUUACAUUAUAGCCUACAUGUCCCGACUCAACUUGCCACAUUACAUGUCAUAAUAUUAUAACCAGGUAUUGAUAAAAGCAUCAAUUGAGCAAUUCCAAUACAAUCCAAUACAAUGAAUAUAGGCAAGGUAAAUAAACAAAUAAAUGGAAAAAACAAAUUGAAAAAGAAACUAUUAUAAAUUAAUUAAAUAUGUAGUAUGCAAUAAUGAAUUGACAUUUAAUGACAGAAAGAAAACAGUGAACUUUGCACAACUUGCAGCAAGAUGGAAAAUAGACCCGUUGAUACAACCAAACUCUAGAUCUGUAGGCAUAGAGCAUGUUUUCCCCUUAAUAUGCUAUAAUUAUUCCAUCAAAAACAUUGUAUGCUUAGACUAUAAGUAAAGAUAUACUGUUUGAUUGUUCAAUACUUUGUAAAAGAUAAUUUGUGAUAAAUUUAUAUGUGUCCUCUAAUUAUUUUCCUAUUUCGGCGGGGGACAUCAGCCUCACUGUUGGCUUGUUUUAAUUUGCAUGUGUUUCAGAGAGAAGAAAGAAAGUGCUUAGCAUCCAAGAAAUGUGGCCUUUCAGCUACUGCUUGCACAGAAGAAUACUUUAUUUAUAUGUGGGGUUUGUUAAAAUCAAAUAAUCUUUGUCCUUAAAUGAAUAUUUUAAUGCACUAAAAAGGUUUAGUAACUGCUGAGAAGAUUUGUAUAUAAACAGGUUCCGUUCCAUAAUAUUAUAAAGGUUACUACACCAGGGGCAGAUCAUGCAUGUGACGGGCCGUAUGAAGCUGGACAUGGUUUCACUCCAUAAAAUAUUAUAUCAUAGUACACCAGGACGCAUCUGAAGCUCGAAAGGGUUCUGUUCCAUAAUAUAUUGUAUAAAUACUACAUCAAUGGCUGUUCAGGCUGUGGCCGGCCGUAUGAAAAACUGGAAUGGUUUCACUUCAUAAAAUAUUGUAUACAUAGUACACCAGGGCGCAUCUCAAGCUCGACAAGGUGCCGUCCCAUAAUAUAUCAUGCUAUACUAAUGGCUGUUCAGGCUGUGGCGGGUCGUAUGAAUACAACAUUUAACUAUUUGAUUAUUUUCCAAAAAGUGACGAAGAAACUUUCACUGCAAAGGAUAGAAAGGGUGGAAGAGUCCCUUUAACAGGGAUUCUUUUUAUACGCCCACAUUUUCAUGUGGGCGUAUAUUGUCGUCGCCCCUGUCCGUCUGUCCGUCCGUCCGUCCACAAUUGUUUGUGAACACUCUACAGGUCACAAUAUUUAUCCGAUUUCAAUGAAACUUGAAAUAUAGGUUUAUCACCCUAAGAUCUCAGUUCCUUUCGAUAUCGGACUGUAACUUCAUGGAUUAUGGCCCCUGAUUAUAAGAAAAAUCACUUUUUUUUAGCUUGGCUUGGGAACACUGUAGAGGUCACAAUUUUUAUCCGAUUUGGUUUAAACUUGAAAUGUAUGUUUAUAACCCACAGAUCCCGCUUCCUGUUGAUAUUCGCUCAUAACGGACCGUAACUUCCUGAUUUAUGGCCGAUGAUUGUACGAAAAAUCGCGUUUUUAGCUUGUGGUCCCUCUAGAGGUCACAAUUAUUAUCCGGUUUAAAAAAAAACGUUCGAAUAUAUCACCGUUACACCG